AUUGUCCACAGAUUAGUUGUGGAAGGCAUCAGAUGUUGCCUUUAUUGUCAUGUAUCUUAUCGUUAUUUGAUUUUAGCUUUGAGUAACGGAUUAUUUAAAUUUGUGAUAUACCAGGGUUUGUGGACGACCUGGAAAUGGGAAAUAACACUAAGGUAGCAGCCAAAAAUAUAUAGAAUCUCUCUGUGUUUUAAGGAAAUGAAGCAAUUUGUUCCCCUGAUUAAUGUGUCUUGUUUGUUCCUAAAUGAUCGAACAAGCUGCAAUAAUGAGAAUUGGCUUGAGAGAGAUGAAGGCAUUAUCCAAGCUAUUGGUUCCUUCCAUUAAAGAUAAUACAUUCUUUGAGAGUUGUGAAGUAGUAGAUCUUAUAACUACUUGCUUGGGAGGAAGAAACAGGAGGUGUGCUGAUGCUUUUGCAAUGAAUGGAGGAAAAAGAAAGCUGGUAAGACUGUCGAUAGUGCAUGUGUUGCCGGUGAUAUGACAGAGGCAGAAGUCAGCACUCAGGGAAGCAUAAAAGAACAAGCAGUCCUUGCCUCUCAGUCUUCAUCCCAAGAAGACUAUAGACAUCUUACAAAACACCAAUUAAUUUAAUCCUGACCCUGAAUCUUAUGGUUGC